AUGUCGCGCCGUCAGUCGCGCAACAAAUCGACAACAUCAUAUCGUGUCGAGGAAGAAUACUCUUUCCUCGAUGAAGACGACGAGGAUGCAGAGCUAUCUCGAUCGCGAAGACCAGUCAUACAGGACGACGAGGAAGAUGGCGACGAUUUUAUGCCUGACGCCAAUGCAGAGGAGGAACAGGAAGACGACUUCGACGAAGAGCUCGUAGAGGAGGAGGAAUCGGAAGAUGAGGCGGCUGCAGACGAAGAAGCUUUGGCGCAGGAGUCGUCCAACAUCGAUGUUGAUGAUGUCGAAGUCACGCUCUUGCGUCCAACCACGGGCAAAGGAAAGAGCAAGCCUGUUACGCGCAUCUUGCCACAAAGCCCAGCACCCAAAGCAGUUGCUCCGGUGCAAGUACCUCACAGCUUCGCUCGAAGUGGCGGGAGGAAAGUCAACAUGGACGAUGACAAGAUGCGGUCUCGAGGUAUCGCCGACUUCAGCAAGCAAGGAGGUCAGGAAGUACGGUUGAAGGAUCUUUUUGGUCCUGCUCUUAGCGACCUCAAGCCAAUUUUGAAGACCAGGGACGAAUGGAGACUGCAAGAAACGUUGCCCAUCCGGGACUCCGGAUUGAAGAGAAGCCACUUCGAAAGCGAAGAGGCAAGAGCAAAAGACGAGAAGCUCAUGCAGACAUGGUACGCCAAAAGUGGACGAGAAGAAUUCGCGGACGGUCAGAAGAUUUCCAUCCUGAGUCAAGAGCAAGGCGCUAAGUACAUGCUCAAUGACGGUGCUCAAUCGAUUAACGUCCUCAUGGGCACAACCACUAACCCACAACAACAUCCGCUCAGGAAGAAUUCGUUCGUCAACGUCGCAGAUCCCUUCGAAGACAAGGAGCAAAGACGGGGCUGGCUUUUCCAUUUGGGAGCACGCGUUCAAGACGCUCAAUGGAUGACAAAUGAAGACGGAGGCACACAGUAUCUCGCUGUUGCUGUCGAGCAGAAAGACAUGACAGCUCAACAUCCAGCGCCAAUGGAACAACCGACAGCGCCUGCCUUCUCUGCCACAAAGCCGUUCGCUGCAUCGAUCCAGAUAUGGGCGUUCGAGUCUACUGAGGAGCAUGCACUUGACCCUUCAAAGAAACCGAGGCUUGCUCUGGUCAUCUGCACCGACUGGGGCGCGCCAAAGCAAUUCAGAUGGUCUCCUAUUGCGCUACAUAAUCGCCACGAGCCGUUGGGAGAUGUUGAGACGGUCGACAUUGGUUUUCUUGCGGGCAUAUGGUCAGACGGGCGAGUAAGAGUGCUCAACAUCGAGAUUCCCAAAACCGAGGCGCAAACAUCUAAUCCUAUCUUCAUGUACUUCGCGCAGGCAGCAUUUGAUGCUGCAAUACCGCAAGCAGUUCCCACAUGCCUCCAAUGGCUCUCUGGCUCCACUCUCGCCGUUGGAACCUCUGCUGGCACGCUAGCCAUCUGGACCUUGACACGCCCAGGAACCCUAUCACGAACACCCUCAGAAGUCUGCAUUCCUAGGCCCUGGUUCUAUAAACAGAUUGGAGACACCUACGUCCUGACACUCCUAUCUGGCUGGCCGUCACAACCCCACUUUCUCUCAGCCAGCACAGCAGACGGCUUUGCACGACUCUACGACAUCCGCUCCCCUGACGCGGACACCGUCGCUUCAGUCCGCGGACGCGUGCUAGUCGUCACUCAAGCAUGGCACGAUCACACCCAGUCCUUCAUCAUGCCGGACGAAUACUACAUACUGAAGCACAACAACAUCCGUCGUUUCUAUCAUAACAUCUACAGCGCGCGAGCGGAGAGCAGCAUCGUGCGCGUCGCUGCGAGCCCAGUACAUCCCGGUGUCCUGAUUGGAGGUGCGAAUGGGGCUGUGUUCGCGGCUAAUCCUGUGGCGCGAGUGGUUAAUACGAAGGUUGUACCGUGGCAGCAGAAUUGGUUUGUGCACGAAUGGAGACCGCCGGUGGAGAAGAUGGUCGUCACGCCAUCUGGUCAGAAUUUCGAGAUGCAAGACGAAGAUUUCCAGGAAGUAUCCAACCCUAAUGCUGCUAAAGUACCGCCAUCCGUCCUGUCUGUGCCAAUGGUGCGCAUUACGGAAGGUUACAGGGCUACACAGCCAGGGAUUUCGUACUCUACCACAUCGAGAAAGAAACCGGAGAACGAGACCAGUACGCUUAUCACUAUCUUCGAAGAGCAGUCCUCGAUCAGUGCACUGGCGUGGAACCCAAACCUGAAGUUUGGGACCUGGGCCGUGGCAGGGAUGAACAGUGGACUGCUGCGCGUGGAGGAUGUUGGUGUCUAA